AUGGGUUCCAAGAAGAAAGCUGCUCCACGCCCAAGAUCCCCUGCUGCAGCGGUGCCGCCGUUUCAGGUUCCGCCCGUCGGUGGUUCACCUUCUCCAGGGACCACUGCUGCUACUGCUUCAGAGCCAGAACCUGCUCAGGUGUCGGCUCCUUUAGAAGAGCAACAUUUACGUGGCUCUCCUACGGCAACUGUUCCACCUGUAGCGUUGCCUGAAACUACUGUCGCGGCUCCUCCUCCGGAGCAGCAGCUCGUGCCGGUGUUGGCUCCUGUGCAAGAGCAGCCUACACCUGUAGUGUUGCCUGAGACUACUGUAGCUGCUUCGCCUACUGCAUUGCUGAAGAUCUCGCUUACUCCAACAGAGGCACAGCCAAGCACAUCUCAAGCAAGGGCGAUGAUGGCUUUAACCUCAAGCCCUUCACAAUUGAAUAUUUCUACCGCUUCCGCAGCUUCGGCGCCAGGAUCCCCUGCACUAACUUCGAUGGCUAGAGGGGCGUCGUCGGCUAUGGUUUCUAGUCUCGCUGACGCACCUGAAUUUCUCCAGAUCUCCCUGGUAUAUCUAAAUAGCCUCGCGAAGACAGUAGUCGAUUACAUGGUGAAUGGUCGGGGGACUUUGAAUUCCUUCCGACCACUUUUAGAGGCAGGCCUGAAUGGAGUUAGGAGUGUGGGCAAUAUUCAGUGGUUCGAGCGCUGUUCAGAAAUUAUUCUCCACUUGGAAGAGCAAUUACAACGCUUUGAAGCCCUGGGCCAGAAAGAACUUCAGCCAGAGAUUGUGUCCACUCUGGCCAGUCUUCAGGUUGCAGAAGUGGCUCCCCCGGGGGCGGUAGAGCGGGACUUGGCGGCUGAAAGAGAACGUCAAGUUGCAGAGCUUCAUGAGCGUAAUAUUCGGAAGCAAGAAGAGUUAGAACGCUCGACAACUUCUAUGAAUUCGCUUCGUGAUAGACUUGUCGAAGCUGAGGCCGAAGUCCUGCGCUUAAAGGCUGAACUUUCCCGUGAAGAAAACGUUGUCAAUAUCCUUAGCACCCAAAAUACCACUGGCGCUUUGGAAUAUCAUACGCAGGCUCGAGCUUUGGCACAAGCCAGGAAUGAAGCAGCGGCCAUCAUCGUACCCAACGAGGAAGAACUCCGGGCAAAGGCUGAAGCUAUGGUACGAACCACUCACGAAGAGGAGCUAAAUCAAAUUAGGGCCCAACUCACUUCUUUUGAUUUGAUGCGUGAGUGA